AUUAUAACAUUGUCUUUGUUUUAGUUGGGACUUUGUUCGGGUCAGUCCGGGCCAAUAUUUCACCAGCCCAUUCAAGGUCGAACUGCCCAGUGCAAGCUCGGAGGUCGGGGGUUCAUCUAGGGUUUUAAGGAUAGUUUAAUGGCGGAGGUACGACAUUGCCGCCAUUGAAGAGAAACCAAGGGAUGCUUUUACCUUCUUUUGCAGCAAUGUCUGUUGCUCCAUUUCCUCCAUCCUCUUCAACUUUACACCAAAUUUCCAUCACUUAUCCCAACCCUCAUCCCUCCCUCCAUUUUUCUCAACUUCAAUUUCUCAAACCACUUUCUCUCACUAGCUUAUCGCUCCAUCUUCCCUCUACUCACCCUUCUUUAUCAUCAAAUUCGUCAGUUUCAGGAGUAAAUGCCGAAUUACCGGAAGAAGACAGAGAUGUAAUCGAGGUAAUUACAGAAAUUAUUAAUGAAGCUGGAAUUUCCGAAUCAGAAUCUUUAAAAAUUGCUUUGAAUUCGCCUCAUUAUGCAAAGACGUUGAGGGAGAGUGUUAAAGAUUUGGACGAGCUUUCCCUUUGGAAUUCAUGGAUGAAAGACGGUAAGGAUAAGGAAAUGACAAUGUCUUUAAAGGAGAAAAUGAAGCAAAUUGCAAAGGAGAAGGGUGAUGACGGAAAAAUCCCGUAUUUGGAGAGUAUGGGAUUGAGCCUAUCUUCUGCCAUUCAUCUUGCUCAUCUUCUUUCGUCGGAAUCUCUUUCCUCUCUUGUUGUCAAGGUUAAGUAUUUGAAGGAACUCUUUUUUUCCGAUAGUGAUGAUGAAAGGAUUGUUGGGAAGUUUGCCCGCCGUAUGGUGCUUCACCUAUCAAUUUCUGUGGAUGAGAAUGUGCAGCAAACUUUGUCAUUCUUUGAAAAGAUUGAAGCGAGACGUGGUGGUUUGGAAAUGUUAGGAUCCUGUGAUGCUUCUUUUAGGUAUCUCAUUCAGUCAUUUCCUCGCCUUCUCCUGUUACCAGUAGAAUCUAACAUGAAACCGAGGGUUAAGUUCUUGGAGAGUGUUGGAGUUCCACGAAAAUACAUGGGAAGUGUUCUACUAUUAUUUCCACCACUUCUCUUCCUUGACAUUGAAGAAAAAACAAAAGCUGGAUCUUGGCCAUUUGAGAUGGUUGGAGUAUUGGACAAAAAACUUGGUCGGAUGUUGGUGAAAUAUCCUUGGUUGCUGUCAACAAGCAUCCAGAGAAACUAUAAAGAUAUUUCCACUUUCUUGGAAGCUAAGACGGUACCAAAAGUCAGCAUAGAAAGAGGAAUCAGUGACUGGCCGCUUUUACUAGGCUGUUCAGCUGGCAAGUUAAAGCCAAUGCUGGAACAGUUUGACAAUCUUGGUGUGAGAACCUCAAAACUGGGUAACAUUGUAGCUACAAGUCCCCAGCUUCUACUUCAAAGACCUGAGGAGUUCCAAAAGGUUGUUAAUUUUCUGCAAGAUUUGGGAUUUGAUAAGGAGAGCAUAGGUAAGAUCCUAGCUCGUUGCCCUGAAAUAUUUGCUUCAAAAACAGAGGAGACUCUUCAGAAGAAGCUUGAAUUCUUGUCUAACCUGGGCAUACUGAAACAAGAAUACCCACGGGUUCUAAAGAAAUAUCCCGAGUUAUUUGUAUCAGACAUUGAAAGAACAGUGUUGCCAAGAAUGAAGUAUCUGAUGAAAUCCGGGUUAACGGAGAGAAAUGUUGCUACAAUGAUCGUACAAUUCUCUCCUUUGAUUGGCUACAGCAUUGAAGAAGUCUUGAGACCUAAGUUGGAUUUCCUAGUCAACACCAUGGGCAAGUCAGUGAAGGAGGUUGUGUACUAUCCGAGGUACUUCAGCUACUCAAUGGACAAAAAGAUUAAGCCCAGGUAUUUCUUGUUAAGAAGCAGGAAUAUAAACUGUAGUCUGAAAGAUAUGUUGGCCAAGAACGAUGAUGAAUUCGCCACCGAGUAUUUAGGCCUUGAAAAACUGACUUCUAAUGUAUAACAUAUGUUUUGUAAGACUAGGAAUUAUAGUACUAUACAUAGAGACAGUCAAGUCAUUGUGAAUAUUUAGAAUCAAAAUUUUGGAUCAUCUUUGUAAAGUACUGUAUCUAUAAAAGUUUUGAUAUGUUAGAUGAAA